AUGCUGCUGACAAUGGUGCCGCGAGCGGCGGGAUCGACACCUGAAGUGGGCACCGGCCUUUACGAGGUGCGCCACCUGGUGGCGCAACCCGACUUCCGCGAAGUGCGCCUGCGCUGGGAGACUGACGGCGGAGCUCCUGAGUCGCUCGGCUUCCUCGUGCACUACUGCGAGCUGCAGCCGUGGGGCGCGCACCGGUGUAAGGUCAAGGCGGUGGACGGCGGCGGCGGCCGGGAGGCGGUGCAGGGCGGCCCCGGGGGCGGCCGCGUGCGGCUCUUCUCCUCGGUGGUGACCGGCCUCCGCAUGGACACCAACUACACGUUCGAGGUGCGGCCCGCCGCUCCGCAGGGGGCCGCCGCCAAGGCGCGCGGACAGACCAUCGCCGUCGCCACCAGGGGCUUCUCGGCGCGCGCGACGCUGUGCCUGCCCGAGGCGAGCGAGGUGGAGGUGGUGACGGGCCCGCACUUCGGCGGCCGCGUCGCGGCGGAGGGCGCCGCCGGGUCGCGGUGCUCGCUGGACGGCGACGCCCGCAGCGCGCGCGCCGUCUACGUGCUGCGCGUGGACCACGCGGCGUGCGGCGGCGCGCGCAACGCCACCGCCGUCACCACCUACGUCACCGUGCAGGAGAGCGCCGCCAUACUGACGCACUCGACGCGCCGCUUCCUCGUCAUCUGCUCCUUCCAGCCGGACACGCUCACCGUCAGGGCCGGGAUACGGCUGCCAGUCCGAGAUAACGAGGUGGACAACGAGGUGGAGGCGUCUGGAGCCGCUGGAGACGGCGGGGCAGACGAGGGCGCCGAGGUGGCCCGCGUGCGCUCCGCCAUCUUGCCGUACGCGGACGCAGACGUCGACGCCGCGCUGCAGGCGGCAGACGCCGCGCUGGACGCGGGGAGCGGCGUGCGAGCCGCGAGGCUGCUGCAUCACCGGCACGUCGUUGACGACCUGGACAUCGACGCCAGGGCUUCUGGACACACCAACUGGCAGCUGACUCUGAUGCUGGUGCUCACCUCGGCUGGGCUUGUGGGCUGCGCUCUGUCAGCCUGGUGGUUCUCCCCGUCCAACUGCCGCCGUCCACCUGAACUGGCUGACGACGGUUCAUCGCUGUCAGCGUACGAGAACUUGACCAACUCUCUGCGAGACACGGCGUCUGUGAGCAGCGCCUCCACCGGCUCUGGCGGGCGCUGCGCGGCCUCGCAAUGCGACGCGGACGGCGUCAUCACCAUCCGGCUGGGUGCCGACCUAGACGAGCAGCACGCCGACGCCACCUCCAUUGCUUCCGCUGGCUGCCACUGUGUCCACGGCGGCGCCACUGUCGGGGCCGCUUCCGCACCGCCUCACGAGCCCUGUAUUACUCUGGAGGACGCUUCCCAGUCCGAAGCCUGAUGCAAUCCGCUGCAGCAGACAUGUAUUUCCCAACGGGGAACCACCUUCCGCACCGAGUAUUGGAGUAGGGGCAAAAUAAUUCAGGCUAAUCGCAGCGAAAACCCUAAACGAACCAAAUCAAAAUAAACUGCACCAUCACAUUUUAUCUGUUCGGUGACACUUUACGAGGAGCAAAUGCAAGGAUCUCUACCUAAACAAGAUGUCCAGCGCCAGACACCCAAGCCUUCCGGCCAACCACGAUAUUUUUCUUUUUGCCUCCUGACAACAACCUUGGGGCCACGAGUGUAACCAGAACGCAAGACACAAUUCUUUACGAUUCUGUCUUCACAUGCACUUACUGCACCAGAUAUUCCAGAUUUCUGGUGUACCAUAAAAUUAACUGUUUCGAAACCAGUGCAAGAAACGGUCACAAACUGCAGUACGUUACAAGUAAAACUCCAUUUGCAGGCAGCACGUCAGUUUUUUUAUUUUAUUUAUUCACUCGCACGCAUUUCGCCCUUUCUUAACAAGGCAUUCCUAGUGUGUGUGCCCUGGAAUAUUAUGUUGCCUUUUCGUUGUCACAUAUCGGUUAUAGGUUGAAAAACACUUAACGAAAGGUUUUAUGUAGUAAACUGAAAAGGUAUUGACAGUAAAGCGUCUAAUUUCUUAACUGAAAACCAUACAGCUUUCCAUCUUGUGAAAAAACGUUUGAAAGCCUCUACGUUUUCGUGCAAUCCCUGUGGUUUCCUAAUACAACAUUUUAACUGUCAUUUUCGGUGUCCAGCGUCUCAUUUGCUUUUAUGCAAGCUGCCAGCUUUCUCUUUUCUGAUUGUAUGUGUGUUGAUCUAAGUUGGAAACAUCUAACCCUUACAAGGAAGUCGCAUUGUAUACAUCGAAACUGUCUGUUGAAGUCUCAUAUUACGAAACCAUAGUGACUACACAAAAAAAUGGAGGCUUUCAACCGUUUUACACAUGAAGGACAGAUGCACGGUUCCCAAAUAAGAAAUUAGUCGCUUUACCGUAAGUGUCCUUCCAUUUUACCAUAUAAACCUUCCAUUAACCGUUUUUUUAAAUCUAUGACCAAAAUGGAACAACAGAAACAUCAUGUAAUAUUGCAGGACACCCACUAAAGACGCCUUGUUAAAAAAAAAAGUGAAACGCGUCUAGGCGCAUGAAUUAAAUAAAAAAUUCAAAAAAUUCAUAUGCAGCGUCCAAAAGACUUUUUUCUUGUAAAGUACUGCAAUUUACAUACUGCUUCUGCGAAGUGCAAGGUUAUACAAAAUGAUAUACACGCUUUCAAGCAAUUGUAAAAAGCUUUAUAUCGAGCCAAGAUAUUACACGAUUGUUCAGGAAGUUUUUCAUAUCAUAUCCACAAAUAUUCAAUCUGUGAACCGUUAGCCAUACGGCACACGUUCAGUCUAUAGUGCAAUUCGACACAUACUCGCCCCAAAGUGUCCGAAUCAGUGUCAGUCACAGCUGCCCUGAUACAUCCUACAUCCACAUUGUUCGGCUGUGGAGGUGUGAAAAUAGUUUCUCUGUUGUAAUCGCACUUGGAAGAAUGACGGUGUCAGAUCGCAAGAACGCGGGGGGCCAUGCAAGCAGCUGGAAAUGCAAGCUCAUGCACAACCGAGCCAUCGUCGUGGUUGCUCAGUAUCCGACAACCCGUGUAUAUAGUUCUGGGUGUGUGGUGAAGUAACACCCUGUUGAAAAAUUAAAGUAUAAUUGUCCUCCUGUAAUUGCGGCAUGAACCACGCAUAAUCCUUCUUUAGUCUGGCAGCCAUGUUACCGGAAAUCACCGUAACAAAAAAAGUCUCAGGUUCUUCUUACCAUACAUAUAAUCAUAUAAUUCCUUACAUAAAUACAAACAUUUUUUACAAUCACUAGAUCAUUUUGACUAACUCUUUAUCGCCACCACAAGAAACUUGAAACGAUCUCUGAUAGCCUGAUAAAAAAAAAUCGAUUCUUCUUUAUUUUCACUUAACUUUCACCCUUUCAUUCCGUAGUUGUGCAAAGCAGCGCCAUGAGAUGCCGUAAAAGUCGACAAAUUUGAUACUUUAUUAACUGAAACUUUAAAAGUAUGUAUUACUCAGAAAGUGAAGUGUCCCAAAUAAUGCAGAUGCGCGUUGACCGAACUUGAUAUCCUUUGCUUAGACACACCGCUGAUAAUAAAAAUUAGAAAUGAACUACAAAAGUCCUCUUUAGGAGUAUACUGAUAUUAAGAUAAGCUAAUGCACGUAUUUCUCAGUCCAAAACAAAGUACAUUUUUUUUUCUUUUUUAAACAGGCCUACUUCAUACCUGAAUGUUGCCAUUCAGUAUCCAGGAAACAAGCACUGCAAAUAUGACAACGUAUUUCUCUCAAUAGGACAUAAAAUUGUCGGUUUGCUGCAGCUUAUACGCCGUAAAGAUACGGAACGCACCAAGUAUUUCACUUACCUUUUGCUGGAAUAAGACCACAAGAAAAGUUGAAAAUACUUGGUCUAUAUGAAGAAUGAAUAAUCGUGGUUGUAGAAGAAUCGUCCAGUUAAAUGUUGCAGUACUGUGUUGAUCUGAUAGAGCCCUGAUUCAAACAGGUUUACAGUCAGUGAAAUAACAUUUAUUGAUUUUUUUUCUUUUUUUUGUUCGGCUUGGAUUUGCUGAAUCACACUGCCAAGUGCUUGAUAGAAAUAUACAGAGAAAUCAUCAUAUAAAUUAUUUAAACAAUGAUUUAAAUUAUUUUAAAAUGUCGUAAUAGAUUCAACACUUAUAGCCAAGGAAUCUUGAUACAUUAACUAUAGCCAACAAAGAAUCCAAAAAAGAAAACUAACCAGAAAUUGAGAAGCAUAUAAUUGGAGAUCAGAGUGACAUGAAAACACAAACAGCAGCAAAUUUAAUAAAAACUCGUCACUAUUUCGUAUAAAAUAAAAAAGUGUAUUUAUAUAUUUGAGGAUCUGCAAGAUACAAUAAAACUGCAGCACUUGUUCGAAGUUUCGCCAACUUUUGCAGUGAGCGGUUUUGUUGGGCUUGGGCGGAAUUGGAGGAAAACAGCAAAUGGUUUACAGAUCGUUCUUCUUUCUUCUGGCAGUCGCAUAAAGAGUUAUACUUGAUGCCUGCCCGAUGCAAGUGGGAACGAGUUGAGCUAUCGUUUGUGCGCAGUCAUUCCACGGUAGUUACCUUCCUGCUCGCUGAAAUUUUUCGAAACCUGGGGAGGUGCUGCUAAUUAUUGGUUACCUUUAGGGUAUACUGGAAGGCGUCAGUCCUCUGUUCAUUCUUCCUCGGCGAUUUUCCACACCCAUAACUAGAAAUAGGAUGAUGGUGGGAUGAAGUUCAUUACAGGGUCCGAAACAACGGCCUCCUUCGCCACAUGGUCCACCUUCUCUUUGCAAACCAGUCCUGUAUGAGCUGGGGCGCAUAGAAAGGAGAUUAACGAGGAAUAAAUAAAUGAUACCAAGUAAUAUACAGAUCGAGGGAAAUUUUUUGGAUAAACGGGGCGGAUGACACAGACGACAGAAAAGUGCUGGUGUGCUAAAUCUUUUUGCCAAAGCCCAGAGUUCUACAUCCAAGUAUGUAGAGAUCACUGAGCUAAUGCAACAUUUACACAUAUUUGACAGAAAUUCCUUAAUAUACGUUACAUUCGCCGCCAUUUUAUCAUCCCAGAAUAGCCCCUGAGAUAGAGAUCUGCGAUAAUAGUGUGCAGUGCUCUAUACCCUUUCUGCUAAAGUACUUGGUUACCCUCACUCGAGACUGGAAAAGGCAUACGUGCAGUGGAAGCGUUAUUUGGGUGUCUAGUCAGCACCAGACAGUAACUUAUGUACCAGGAAGAUGUUCUGCCCCUACGCUCAGCUAUCAGUUAGAGGCAGUGGAUGAAACCCCAGACGAAUAGUAACAGUUUUCUUUCUUUGGUUAAACAUUUCAUAUGUUGUGUGAGGAGCCGUCCUUUUUUUUGCCAGAAAGGAAAUACACCACCAUCUUAAAAAUAGAGAUUCUUGCCGUCUACACUGUUACAAGUCGUGAUAAUUCAAACGCAAAUUGCAGUGAAUGAAUGCGGAAAGAAGACAAAGCCUCUGUUACAAUCAUUCACUUACGUCACAUGCGCUGUAAGAUUUUACCAGUGGAACACGCACUGAUAUGUCCGUCCUGAACAGUUUUUCAAGCAAAGUCUUAUAGAAAAAUAUGUGCUAUUUCACAUGCUGGAUCUGCCCCUCGCUGUUCACUGUUAUAUGACUAGUCACUGACACUUAAAAGUGCACCUCAGCAACACUAAUAAGUUCAAUAUUCAUAGAUAUGUCGAAUUUCAUCACUAUUUUCGAUCGAUAACAUUGUCUUGAGAGUAUAAAAUGAAAAUUUAUACGAAUUAUUAAUAUGCUUUAAUUUUGUA